AUGGGCAACGAUUACGAACAGCUGUUACCAUCACGCAGUCCAGCAGCAGCAUUACCGCCACCACCACCGCCACAGGUCGCAGCGUCACCUCAACCACCUCCCGGAGCGUUGGGUCCAGUAGAAGUGGCAGGUAAGCCGGGUAACAAGGCAGCUGAUAAACCAGUUGAUAAGGCACCGAAACCAGGGCAGGCGCAGCCGCAGAAAGGAGCCGCAAAUGAAGAAGAAGAAGAAGAGGAAAAAAGGUUUACGACGCAACAAAAGCUGUGCAUGGUGAUCUCCGGAACGGCCGCAUUAUUCUUCCUGAUGCUGACGCUUGCCGGGGUAGCCGUCCUUGUGACCGGCUUCAAAAUUUUCUCCUAG